GGUCAUCAUCACCGAGCCAGGAUCCCUCCUACUGGUGACGUGUCCAGAGGUAACAACCGUAGAGCAAUCAUGUAGGGAUUCACAAUGCCAUGGAUCUGUGGUUUCUGGUGCUCACGCUUCCGAAUGGACUCGUGCACUCAUGUCGUCCUCGGCAUCUACUCAUGUUGACAGUGUCGGCUGAGAGUCUAUUCUUACCCUCUCUUCCCCGAGACAAAGACAAAAACACUCUCGUGACGUUCUCGUUAUAGUGCGAAAGAUUAUUGAUAUUACUCAUGCAUAGGCCUUGUGGUUUAAUGGUAACGAAAGACCAAGUUGCAAUGAUAGUGAACGACACCGGUAAACGCAUCGGCUCAUCCUCGUGUACUACCCAUGUUCCACAGGAGCAAGAGUUGAUACUCAUUAAAUUUGACGAAGGAGACCCACGCGACCCAAAAAAUUUCUCUUAUGCGCGGAGAUGGGUUAUCACGCUGACGGGUUGUGCAUUCGCUGGAAUCACAGCCGCUGUAGCGUCAUCUUAUUCAAUCAGUUAUGAGUCAAUGAUGUCAGACCUAAAUUGUACUCAACUUCAGGCGACCCUGGGAUUGAGCUUGUACGCGAUGGGUUUCGGGAUUGUCCCUUUGAUUUCUUCGUCAUUCAGCGAGGAGUGCGGCAGAAGACCCGUUUAUAUCGUCUCGUCUGUUUUGUUUUUGCUCGCUGAAGUUAUGAAUGCGUUGGCGCCAAACAUACAAACCGUGAUCGUGUCGCGUACACUCCAAGGAAUUUUUGGCUCGACUGGUGCGUCCUUGGUCGGAGGUAGCAUCGCUGAUAUAUGGCAGCCACAUGAACGCGGAUUGCCGAUGUCGCUAUUUGCGUUCUCAUCAAUAUUCUCUUUCGGCCUCGGGUCAACAUUUGGGGGACUCAUUGCUGCGAAUCCGCACCUCGGUUGGCGGUGGGUGCAAUGGGUGCACAUCAUGUUCACUGGAGCAUAUGUGCUUGAUGUCAUCCUGAUGAUGAGCGAAACCCGUUCAUCAAUUGUUCUAGCUCGCAUCGCGAAGGACACCAGAAAGAUGACCGGCGACCCCAGGUAUCGGUCCAGCGCUGAAAUUGACAAACCGAGCAUGGCAUCUCUAAUCAAGACGUCGUGUACACGGCCAUUGUAUUUACUCUUAACUGAACCUAUUGUGCAGAGUUUCAGUCUUUGGUGUGGCUUGACUUGGGGGAUCGUGUACUGCUUGCUCGAAUCCAUCACCACGGAGUUUCAGUCUGUCUACCACUUCAGUGUCGGCGAGACAGGAUUGGUAUUUCUGUCUCAAAGGGAAGUCAUUCUAUUGCAUAUUAUCGGAGCUAUCUUAGGUUUUAUGGCGAAUGUGUAUCAAGAAACCUUGUACCGAAAAUACUUUGCGACAAAGGGCCAAGAAGCACGACUAUACAUGGCAUGCGUCGCUGCUAUCGUCCUGCCCGUCUCAAUGUUCAUCUACGCGUGGACGGCAUCACCUAGCAUUCAUUGGAUAGUCCCCCUGAUUGGACUGACCGGUUUUAUGUCUGGCGUCUUCGUGAUAUUCCAAGUUUCAUUUUUGUAUCUCGCAGAUUGCUACGGUCCAUAUACCUCAUCGGCCCAAGCGGGGCAGAGCUUGGCUCGAAAUACAAUGGCGUUGGUAUUCCCGCUCUUCACACAACAGAUGUUCGCUGGUAUGACAUAUAAAUGGGGACUGACUCUCUGGGCCCUGUUAUCCGUAGUAUUAGCGCCAACUCCAUGGGUCCUUUUCUUCUUUGGUUCAAAGAUCCGCUCUCAUAGUAAGGUGUCACGCAAGAUUCUCGAGGCCGAAUCACAACAAUUGGACGGCGACAGCACUGUUGCUUCUAGUCCUAUUGAGGAAAAAGUAGUAUGA